AUGACUGUGCUUCGAAAUUCCUUGAGAGAAGUGUGUGAUGGAGGUAUCGAUCUCAUGGCUAGAGAAUUUAUGAGAACUGCUCUUCCUCCUAGACUUACUGAUGAAGAAAAAGCGCUUAGCGCGGUAGGGGCACGCACGGAUAUUCUCAGUGGUGACGUAAUGGAGUUCCGUCCGAGCACAAGAGUCAAACUCAUCCGACGACAUGCGCAAAGGCUUAUUUUUGAGAGCGAAGAUAGUUGCUAUGUAGUGCAUCGCAUGGCUAACUCUCGCAUAUAUGAAGGUCUACCAGAACAAAACUUUGAGCUGCCAGUUGAGUAUGUGAGCGGGUACAACGCGCUCUGCGACAGUUAUCCUGAGUGGAUGUCAUUGUCCGAAAUGCCGGAAAACAUGAAUGGUGUAGAUGUGCAAGCACUGUGCCACCUGCUCUAUUAUCACGGACUGAUUAUGGUUCAACAGCUUCCGGACAGAAUUAAAAUAAAGAAGAAGAAGGCGAAGAAAACGGCGAAGUAA